AUGCAGUUCAAACUCUCCGUCAUUGCCUUCCUGGCUACUACUACUGCUAUUGCGGCGCCCGUUCCGGCCGGCAAGGAGGCUAGCUGUGCUUCGGACGCUAUCAACGCCCUGAGCAUCGCGACUAGCGAAGUCAGCUCUCUUACCAAGACUUUGGAUGGGAAUGGCAACCUGAUCGAGGUUGGCCAGUUCAUCGAUCAAGAUGAGGCCCUUGUGAAGGCCCUCGACAACCAGAAGGGUCUCCUGAAGAAUACCCCCUUCUUCUCUCCCCUCGCCGAGGCCACCCGUGCCCUCGAAGCCGCCACUGGUGAAUACUUCGACCCCAUCCUCGCUGCCACUCCUCUCUGCGGCGGUAAUCUCCAGCAGUUGGCAAAGACCCUGAAGGACGACCUCUCCCAGCUUGUGGCCACCUACUCCAUGAUCCACGGUGCUCCCAGCCUUCCGCUCCAGGGUCCUGGCUCCGGCGCGGAGUCCGGCAACCACAACUAG